UGUCAUAAAGCCACAACCAUCAAAUACAGCUAUGAUGGUAGCGAGAGUUAUGCUUGAAGAAGGUUACCGGCCUGGAUGCGGGUUAGGCAGGAAUGAGCAAGGAUUGAUUGAGUUGCCUAAACCAACUGACAAUAAAGAUAGAUUUGGAGUUGGUUAUAGGUCAACAAGGGCAGAUAAAAGAAGGAUAAUAGAGAGCAUGAAACUGGAAGGAUCCCCUUUUGUGAUCUCCUACAAAGCUUUUAAAGUGCAGGAUUUGAAUUUGCAGAUCCAGUGGCUGCUGCUGAGGAAGACACCCACAGAGAUGAACAUGUCAAUUUUGUUCGCGCAUGUUUGCUGAAUAUAGAGAUCGGCAAUUGGGAGAACAUUGAGCUUCUUGUGAUUUUAGAUUCAAAAUUCAAGUAAUUUGUAAUGCUGAUUCUAUUGCUCUGCCCAAGGCUUUAGGAUAUUUGUUCUUCUUUAUUUUGUUUUAUUGAAUUAGGCGUACAUGUUUCCUUUUGAUAUUAUCAAUAAAAUGCAUUUUGAAUUUUUCAAUAAAAUUUCCUUCCUUUCUUAUUAUUAGACCUUUCGCCAUCUUCUUAUCUUUUUGUUAUUGCAAACUAUAAAUUGUGCAGACCUGAUGAUGAUAUACUCAAAAAUGUCAAUGCUAAUAUCGCUCUAAAUAAUGUUGACUACCUCAUUAAUCAAGCUAGCAAUGAAACUGAACAUGCCCAUGAUCCUUCUCCUGAACUGCUAAGGCUAGUAGAGCAAGAAACUAAAGAAAUUUUGCCUCACCAAGAACCUACAGAGAUGAUUAAUCUAGGCCUCGGAGAAGAGAAAAAUGAAGUCAAAAUUGGCACUUUAUUGAAAGAGAAUGAGCGCCACAAGUUGAUAAAAUUCCUCCAUGAAUAUGAGGACAUCUUUGCAUGGUCGUACCAAGACAUGCCUGACCUCGAUGCAAAUAUUGUGGAACAUAAAUUACCACUAAUGUCAGAAUGUCCCCCGAUCAAGCAAAAGUUAAGGCGGAUGAAGCCCAAAAUGUCCUUAAAAAUCAGAGAAGAAGUGAAGAAAUAACUUGAUGUCAGCUUCCUAAUUGUUGCAAAAUAUCCACAAUGGGUUGCAAACAUAGUGCAUGUCCCUAAGAAAGAUGGAAAAGUCUGAAUGUGCGUAGACUAUCAAGAUCUGAACCGAGCUAGUCCUAAAGAUGAUUUUCCACUGCCCCACAUCGACAUGCUUGUAGACAACACAGCCGAACACCAAUUCUUCUCCUUCAUGGAUGAUUUCUCAGGAUAUAAUCAUAUCAAAAUGGCAGAAGAAGAUAGGGAAAAGACUACAUUCAUCACACCUUGGGGUACCUUUUGCUACAAAGUUAUGUCGUUCGGGUUAAAAAAUGUCGGGGCAACAUACCAAAGAGCAAUGGUGACCUUAUUUCAUGAUAUGAUGCAUAAAGAGAUUGAGGUGUAUGUAGAUGACAUGAUUGCAAAAUCUAGAAGUGAAGAGGAUCAUAUUGUUCAUCUUCAGAAGCUAUUUGAGCGACUGAGAAAGUUCAAGCUGAGAUUGAAUCCAGCCAAAUGUGCCUUUGGUGUGAAGUCUGGCAGCUACUUGGAUUCAUAGUUAGCCAGAAGGUGGAUCCUGACAAAGUUCGAGCAAUUCUUGAAAUGCCACCACUUCACACAGAAAAAGAAAUUUGAGGGUUCUUAGGGAGACUAAACUAUAUUGCCCGAUUCAUAUCCCAAUUGACCGCUACAUGUGAACCGAUUUUCAAGUUAUUGCGCAAAAAUCAACCAAUGAAAUGGAAUGAUGAUUGCCAAGAAGCCUUUGAGAAAAUCAAGCAAUACUUACUGGACCCUCCAGUUUUGAUUCCACCAGUUCCUUGAAGACCCUUAAUCAUGUACCUAACAAUACUCGAUGGAUCAAUGGGUUGUGUGUUAGGGCAACAUGAUGACUCUGGAAGAAAGGAGCAUUUCAUUUAUUACUUAAGCAAAAAAUUCACCAAUUAUGAAGCCAAUUACUCGUUGUUGGAGCGAACUUGUUGUGCUUUAACUUGGGCAGCCCGCCGAUUGAGACAAUAUAUGCUUAGCCACACGACCUGGUUGGUAUCAAAGAUGGAUCCGAUCAAGUAUAUCUUUGAAAAGCCCGCUCUCGCUGGGAGAAUUGGUCGUUGGCAAGUACUUUUAUCUAAAUAUGACAUUGUGUACGUCACUCAAAAGGAAAUUAAAGGCAGUGCUCUAGCCAAUAAAUGACUACCAGUUAAUGCAGUGUGAAUUUCCUGAUGAAGACAUAAUGAAUUUGUUUAAAGAAGAAGAGUCAGGAAAGGAAAAAUGGAUCAUGCUAUUUGAUGGGGCCUCUAAUGCAUUGGGACAUGGAGUUGGUGCUGUGUUAAUUUCCCCAGAGAAACACCAUAUCCCAAUCACAACAAGACUAUCUUUUAAUUGUACAAAUAAUGUGGCAGAAUAUGAAGCAUGCGUCCUAGGGAUCCAAGCAGCUAUAGAGUCAAAGGCCAAGAUUCUUGAAGUAUACGGUGAUUCGGCCUUGGUGAUUCAUCAAUCGCAAGGUGAAUGGGAGACUAGAGAUGGUAAGCUAAUCCGUUAUCAGGCUUUUGUGAAAGAGUUGAUAAAGCAAUUUGAAGAAAUCACCUUUCAUCAUAUCCCACGGGAGAAUAAUCAGUUGGCAGACGCAUUAGCUACCCUAGCAUCCAUGUUCGAAUUGAGCAACGGAAAAGAUAUGCCACUUAUAAAGAUUCAACAUCGCGAUUAGUCAGCUUAUUGCCAACUAGUAGAAGAAGAGUUAGAUGGACGACCAUGGUACCAUGAUAUCAAGCAGUAUAUCCAAAAUAAAGAGUAUCAGUCAGGAGCUUCAGAGAAUGACAAAAGAACUCUAAGAAGAUUGGCAAUGAGUCUCUCUUUAAAUGGUGAGAUACUCUACAAGAAAAAUCAUGACAUGAUACUUCUUAGAUGUGUGGAUACCAAUGAAGCACAAAAGAUUAUCAGAGAAGUCCAUGAAGGCUCCUUUGGAACCCAUGCAAAUGGACAUGCUAUGGCAAGAAAGAUCUUAAGGGUUGGCUGCUAUUGGCUAACCGUGGAGAUUGAUUGCUUCAUAUACGUAAAAAAAUGUCACAAAUGUCAAACUUAUGCAAAUAACAUCUAUAUCCCACCAACAAUAUUAAAUGUCUUGUCAUCACCAUGGCCUUUUUCAAUGUGGGGAAUGGAUGUCAUAAGGCCCAUUGAGCCUAAGGCAUCAAAUGGACAUCGUUUCAUCCUAGUAGCAAUCGACUAUUUCACCAAAUGGGUUGAAGCCACCUCAUACGUCAAUGUGACUCGAAAUGUAAUAGUGAGGUUUAUCAAAAAGUAAUUAAUGUGUCGAUACGGCCUACCAAAUAAGUUGAUCACGGAUAAUGCCACUAAUCUCAAUAACAAAAUGAUGACAGAGUUAUGUACUAAUUUCAAGAUUCAGCAUCAUAACUCUUCUCCAUACCGCCCAAAAAUGAAUGGAGUAGUUGAAGCAGCUAACAAGAAUAUUAAAAAGAUUAUUCAGAAAAUGAUGGUGACGUAUAAAGAUUGGCACGAAAUGCUUCCCGUUGCCCUACAUGGAUAUCGUACGUCUGUCCACACAUCAACCGGGGCAACUCCAUUCUCCUUGGUAUAUGGUAUGGAAGCAAUUCUUCCAAUUGAAGUUGAAAUCCCUUCACUAAGGGUGCUGAUGGAAACUGAAUUAGAAGAAGUGGAAUGGGUACGAACUCGUUUUGACCAAUUAAACCUUAUUGAAGGAAAAAGGUUAAAUGCAAUGUGUCAUGGUCAAUUGUACCAGAAGAUAUUAAAGAGAAUGUUCGAGAAAAAGGUACACCCUUGAGAGUUUUAAGAAGGGGAUUUGGUAGUCAAGAAGAUACUCCCUAUUCAAAAGAGUCGUAUUGGUAAGUGGACUCCAAAUUAUGAAGGACCUUACGUCGUAAAGAAGGCGUUCUCAGGAGGAGCCUUGAUUCUUUCGAACAUGGAUGGCAAAGACUUAUCAUAUCCUGUGAAUUCUGAUGUAGUAAAAAAAUAC